UGGUCUGGAUUGGUUUAGACAAGCGUUGGCUUGUCAGUACAGGCUUAGUGACGGCCCGUCAGCCCAUCAGCAAGAGAAUCUAAACGUUGUGGAAAGUUAUAUAAAGAAUGCCAAAACCGAAAAGAAUAGGGUGUCGGGUUAGGUCAGGCUAGAGUCUGGAAUCGUGGAAAUUUCUUUUGCAUAGCGACAGCCCUGUUUUCCUCUGUUUUUAGGGUUUUCUUAGUGAUACAAAGUCUCCUCCUGAUUUCGUAAAUAUACAUAUAUAUAUGUUCUCUCGGAACCCUUUCCAAAUCAAUCUAGGAUUUGUCUGAUUACGCUGUAAUUGCUUAUAACUCAAUUGAUCAACUAUGUUUGUAUUGUCUUCUCCAUUGAUGACUUGCAUUGUGAUAUUCCAAAACCUGCGUGUAUUUGGUCCUGGUUUGAAUCCUUUUUCUCCUUAUUGCAUUGCUAAUCAUUCCCUUGCUUCUCGCUAAUUUUAGGUAUCCUCCUUUUCUUCUCUAUCAUGUAAUUCUUCCCCUCCCCCUCUUCCUCUUCAGCUAUCAGGGAAAUCUUUUUUUUAAAAAUUUCAUCUCACUGUGAAAUUCCACCGCUUUACGACAAUAUCAUGUAAUUCUGCUCUUAGUCAAUCAAUCAAUCUUGGUCAAGUUUUGGGGGAUUUUUCUUUUUUCUUUCCUUAGUUUCGAAGAAAAAAAUCUGAAACGAUAUUGGUUGGAUUUUGCAAUUGAUUGGAAGAAUAUGCCCCAAGAGCAUUCCUUGCGGAGAAAUUUGUCAAGAAGGCGAUCCUUUAGGUCUGGGGUUGAUAGGGAUGAUAGGGGUUGGACAAUGCUCCAUGUCGGAGCCCGAAAAGGUGACCUCAAUCAGGUCAAGCAACUCCUCGAUGAAGGAAUGGAUGUAAAUGUGGCCGCAUGGGGCCCCAAAUCUAAAGGUGUCACCCCACUCCAUCUUGCUGCCGAGGGUGGCCACCUUCAAGUAAUGGAUGAACUUCUUGAACGUGGUGCUAAUAUUGAUGCAAGAACUAAAGGUGCUUGUGGUUGGACACCACUUCAUGCCGCAGCUAAAGAAAGAAAGAAAGAAGCAGUCAAGUUCCUGAUAGAGAAUGGGGCAUUUUUGCCAGAUGACAUCAAUGACAGCAGAUUUAAUCCACCACUUCAUUACUGCCCUGGCCUUGAAUGGGCAUACGAGGAGAUGAAGCGUCUUCAAAGAGAGAGCUUAUCAGCCGGGGAGGCAUCAUAUAGCUCUGAAAGUUGAUGCUCUAUCAUCACAACGGUCUUGUUGCACAUGUUUGGACUCUGGUGCUUUCAUUUUAUCUCCGAACUAUUGGCUUAAGUGAUGCUUUAGCCAAUGCUUUUGUUUUUCAUGGCUCUGUUGCAUACUUGUAUCUGUUUGAUUUUCAAGCCUGCGUCUUUUCCAUAUGAUGCCAAUAAAGUACCUACAUGCUUAUGAUGCC